CCCAAGGCACUGACUCAACUGACAACUAUCUGAAUAAAUGCAUGCUCUUGAUUCCCGAGUACUCCAAGAAAACACCGAGUCCAGAGCCAGGACUUGAGUGUUCUACGUUCAUUGGUAAUUCCUGCUGUAAAAAGGGAGUAACGCUACCCUUCAUGACUGACCAUAUAUGGCAAAACAUCACUGACUACCCACACUGUCCUCAGAAAGCGGCACUUGGACCUUGGAUUGAAUUAGCGACUCAUGAUUUACCGGUGACCCAUAGGUUCAAAAACAUCCCAAUUUGCGCAAGUGUAUGUGACAAAUGGUACAAGGCAUGUCAGGAUGAGUAUACCUGUACAGAUAACUGGUAUAUAGGAUUCAACAUGACAUCAGGAAUUAAUAGAUGCCAUGAAGGAACACAAUGUUUGAAAUAUCCUGAGCACUUUCCAACUUCAAAGAGUUUCUGUGAAAAAAUAUGGGAUUAUUCAUUCAAGG